GGAGGUUGUGGAUCUGCAGGAAGUUCAGGGUCUGAGAUCGGGAAGAGAGGAAUCUACUUGCUGCAUUUCAUUGGAUCUAGUGGAUCUAAGUGUGAGUGAGCCAGGAAUCAGACAGCCAGGACCAGGCAUGGUUAAUAACCGGACCUCCGAAUCGACCACCACGACAGUCGCCAGCAACGGCUCCCCUCCCAAGGCGUGCGCCGGCUGCGGGGGGAAGAUCGCGGACCGGUUCCUGCUCUACUCCAUGGACCGGUACUGGCACACGCGUUGUCUCAAGUGUUCCUGCUGCCAGGCGCAGCUGGGCGAGAUCGGCACCUCCUGCUACACCAAGAGCGGCAUGAUCCUCUGCCGCAACGACUACAUCCGGCUGUUCGGGAGCAGCGGCGUGUGCAGCGCAUGCGGACAGUCUAUCCCGGCCAGCGAGAUGGUGAUGCGGGCGCAGGGCAGCGUGUAUCACCUGAAGUGCUUCACAUGCGCCACGUGUCGGAACCGGCUGAUGCCGGGCGACCGCUUCCACUACGUCAACGGAACCAUCUUCUGCGAACACGACCGGCCCUCGGGGCUUCACCUAAACCCUCAUCAGAACAACCCCCUGCAGAGUAACCCCAUGUUACCCGACCAGAAAGUUUGCUAA